ACACAUCGUUCCAUCCCAUGCCAUUGAACUGGUCUACUUGGGUUUUAUUGUGACGCCAUCCGUUUAGCCCGAUGGCACGUGUCGGUGGUAGGAGCAGAGGAUGUGCCAAUUGCCGCCAAAAAAGGAUCAAAUGCAGUGAGGAGCUUCCAUCCUGCUCGCAAUGCGUGAAAUGCGGCAAAAUCUGUCCAGGUGCAGUGCAAGGCAACAUCUUCAUAAUGUCUAGCUUUAAAGACAACGCACGUCGGAAGAAAAGCCGUGGUGUAAGUGAGACGGUCUCCAAGUCACAAGAUAGCGGUACCGGUAUUAUUGUCCCACUCGCAAUUGAGAGCUUGCACCCAUCGUUUGGAAAGUUGCAAGCAACCCCAUUAAACCAACUACUUUUACCUACACGUAGAGCACCGCGUAGGACGUCACCAAGUCAUGCUACACCCUCAUCCUAUGACAAAUAUAUCCUGCAGCUGCUGUCAUCACAACCAUGCUAUGUUCUGUUGGACAGACAACGCAUGUCUGGCCGUUUCAUUGAGUGCCUUACCAAAACCCCUGGCGCACCCAUGCUGAAGGCGUGGUUGCCUCAGCUGCCCGGCAUCCUUAGCAAAAGGAGUGCCCCUACAUUGACGUUUGCGCUACGGGCAGUGUCUCUAGCCUUGUUUGGCAGUCUGGCCAACGACAAAGGUGCUCAAUUAGAGGGUAUCAGAUGGUAUGAGAGAGGCUUGCAAAGUCAACAGAAAGAUUUGAUUUUGUUAACCAACGGAGCUCUGGCAUCAGGUGUUACUGAUGAAGCCAUCUGUGGCCCUAUCCUUCUGGCAUUCUAUGAGAUGACGAAUUGCAAUACGAGCACGGAUGCUUGGAUGAGGCAUUUGUGCGCUGCCUCGAAGCUGAUGGAAAUGAGAGGGCCUGAGGCGUGCUCCUCUGGAUUCGCGCAUGCAUUGUUUCGUGCUUUACGGUUAGCAAUGAUUUACGUCACGACUGACCAGCGUAAACCGUCCUUCCUGGCAACUGAUUUAUGGCGCUCAGUGCCAUUUUGCGAGACAGAAAAGUCUAGCUUUGACAAGCUCGUGGACAUAUUGACUGUGAUUCCCUUAGCAUUGUCAGUUUCCGAUGCUGUAGCUGCGCUUGGAGAUGACUCAACUCCGCAGGCGAGAGAUGAGGCCGCAACUAAGCUCUUGGAAAUACGACGAGGGUUGGAAAAGUGGUGGACUGAAUACACAUGUGAACUGAUGCAGGAAGACGGGUUGAACAGUCCAUCAUAUAUGCAGGCUGGGGAUGCACAUCUUACUACCAGCUUGCGCGUGACUGCACUAUAUGACGACCCUUUUGAGGCAGAAUGUAGGGCACUCUACGACACUGGGAUUAUCCUCGUCUCGCACGCUCAGAUAUUGAUCUCCCCACUACUAGACUCGACUACGCUUCGCGAGGAAAUAGUUGCACAUGGCUCAUCAAUUCUCCUUGCCGUUAACUACAUUGAACGGCAAGAGGUAUGGAAAGACGCAGGCGGUCCAUUUCGACUGACAUAUCCUUUGAAAGUAGUUAGGGACACAAGCCCAAACCUACAGCAAAGCCAAGAUGCAGAUGCGUUUAUGGCUCACUGGCGGAAGCACCGGGGGAUAAACACAGAUUUGACUGGUUCGAAAUCAAGCUCAAUUAUAAAUGUCACUACCACAAUAGGUUGAAAUAAAUACAUGUCACCC